UUUACUCGCUUCGAAGGCUUAAUUUAAGGAAGUACAGUGAGAACCAGAAACUAUGGAACAAGAUGAAAAUGUAAGAAUGGACCGAGAUGAGGGUGGGAGAAGGAAGGUUCUAGUAGCUUUAUUUAAUUCUAGUAAACCAGAGUUUCCGGUUUGUGAAAUCGGGGACCAAGUGGAGGGAUCAGACCCCCAGAAUGAUAAAAAGAAAUACCCGUGGCUCAAUUUCUUUAUCGGAGACACUUUCCAACUAUUGGACUCCAACCAGCUUCACUAUAUUGUAAAGGACUCCACAAAUAAGAUUGGUAUAAUCCAAAAGUCCAGGGUUUCUUUCUCUAAUCCAACAAAUCCUAUUAUACAGGAGGCUAAAAGCACUUUAAAAAUCUGGAUUCAAGCAUAUAAACAACUUUAUUUACUCAGGGAGGUUGAUGAUCAGAAUGAUCUCCGACGAUCUAUUGAUGAAUUGAUCUACUGGAGUCAACAGAUCAUUUCCGGAGCUUUAACAAAGGGGGAAGAGGUAGAGUUGAUAAGUAAACUACAGAGAAGAAUUGACGCUGUUAAUAAUCAGUUUGAUCUUGAGAAGGUGCCUAGAAGGAUGGAUGGAACUCGAUUAAAUCAUAAAGACAGCUGUGUUAAUCUGUACAAUGCGUACACAAGAGCUUCUAGGUCGUCAGUUGGCCCCACAGGGGGACGUGGGGACGACGGUAAUCUUGGUAAUCAACAUCUUCAUUCUGUCCUCGUGGAGGUGGGAGGACAAACUUGGAUAGAGGACAUCCUCAUUUACUGUCAGUUGUACAGUGAAAGAAAAGGAGAUUUUGUCUCUGAAAGAUGGUUCGUUAAUCAUUCAAGGCCUAAACCGGGAGGGUUGUUUCUGGACCUAGGAGGUGUUGAUCUUUGCUUAGACUUACAUCUAGUUGUUCUGGUUUACAGGGUUGGUAGAAUCCUAAACCAGGAGGGAACUAAAAAGAGAGACCCAGGAAUACGGUCUUUAACUCAGCAGGUGGGAUGUAUGUACAAAAGACCACUAUCUGGAGGCGUACAAUCAUUGCAGAAAUUCUUUUUAACCGAACGCAGAUCCUUUAAUACAAACCAGCCCCAGAGCAUUCAAGUUAAACUCCUGAGUUGUGAUGAGAGGGAUUUUUUCCAUCUACACUCACUAGCAAUUAAAAACUCAAAUAAACUCACGCCUGCGCAGACUGGACCUUCUUUUCUCACAUUCCAUUUAGAAACCCUCUCAGGAUCAGCAGAAAUUGUCCUUCAGCAAAACAUGGCAAAAUUGAAGGAUUGUUCCUUAAUUAAAAGACUUGGAUUUCCUCCUGUAAUUAUGCCAGGUAAUGCAUUCAAAAAUUAA